GUGCGACAUUAUUACUGGAGGAAACAGGUCAGAGCAUUCGUGCACUGAAUCCACACAACCCAAGGACGCUGCAAUCACGUGACAGUAUUGGGGCGGGGUCAGAUGUAGCCAAUGAACAACAGGCGUGCGCCUGAUCGGUGUGUACUGCGCAGGGACGUCGUAGGGUAACGUUUUGAUGGGAAGUGUGUGAGUUCUGCCCAGCAUGGCUGCCAAGGUAGCAUUGACCAAGAGAGCUGAUCCAGCUGAUCUGAAAUCUGUAUUUUACAAGUAUGCAAGCGUGGAAAAAAAUGGAGAUUAUUUCAUGUCCCCACUUGACUUUGUCAGACGUUACUUGAACCUCACUGGAGAUGGGGAACAUAAUCCAAAAACUCUGCAGCUUCUGGCUGGGGUGGUGGACCAAACCAAAGAUGGAUUAAUCUCCUUUCAAGAAUUUGUCGCCUUUGAAUCAGUCCUGUGCGCUCCCGAUGCCUUGUUUAUGGUCGCUUUUCAGCUCUUUGACAAAACAGGAAAAGGAGAAGUUACUUUUGAGGAUGUCAAGCAAGUUUUUGGUCAAACCACUAUCCACCAGCAUAUCCCAUUUAACUGGGACUGUGAGUUCAUACAGCUGCACUUUGGAAAGGAACGAAAAAGGCUGCUGCCGUAUUCCGAAUUUACUCAGUUUCUACUGGAAAUCCAACUGGAACAUGCCAGACAAGCUUUUGUGCAACGUGAUACCGACCAUACUGGCACAGUCAAUGCAAUGGACUUUAGAGAUAUCAUGGUUACCAUCAGGCCACAUGUUUUGACUCCAUUUGUGGAACAGAGCUUAGUAGCUGCUGCUGGAGGUACCGUAUCGCAUCAAGUCAGCUUUUCAUACUUUAAUGCCUUUAAUUCUCUUCUAAACAACAUGGAGCUCAUUAGAAAGAUCUACAGUACACUGGCUGGCAAUAGAAAAGACUUGGAAGUCACCAAAGAGGAGUUUGUCUUGGCGGCACAAAGAUUUGGUCAAGUUACACCCAUGGAAGUUGACAUACUGUUCCAAUUAGCAGAUUUGUAUGAGCCAAGAGGACGUAUGACUUUGGCAGAUAUUGAAAGAAUAGCACCUCUUGAAGAGGGAGCCUUGCCGUACAACCUGGCAGAAGCUCAAAGAAAGAACCAAGGCACAGGUGAAGUGCAACGUACUGUCCUUGUGCAAGUGGCCGAGUCCGCUUACCGAUUUGCCCUUGGUUCCAUAGCAGGAGCUGUUGGAGCAACUGCUGUUUAUCCUAUCGACUUGGUGAAAACACGAAUGCAAAAUCAGAGGUCAACAGGGUCAUUUGUAGGAGAACUCAUGUACAAGAACAGCUUCGAUUGCUUUAAGAAGGUGCUACGCUAUGAAGGCUUCUUUGGCCUUUACAGAGGCCUCUUACCUCAGCUGCUGGGAGUAGCUCCAGAAAAAGCUAUUAAGCUAACCGUAAACGAUUUUGUUAGAGAUAAAUUUACUACAAAAGAAGGCUCCAUCCCAUUAUUAUCUGAAAUCCUUGCUGGUGGUUGUGCUGGAGGAUCUCAAGUCAUUUUCACCAACCCCCUGGAGAUUGUAAAGAUUCGCUUACAGGUGGCAGGAGAAAUUACUACAGGACCUCGCGUCAGUGCCCUAUCCGUUCUGAGGGAUUUAGGCUUUUUUGGCCUUUAUAAGGGUGCCAAAGCGUGCUUCCUCCGAGACAUCCCCUUCUCGGCUAUCUAUUUCCCUUGUUAUGCCCACAUGAAAGCCUCGUUUGCUGGUGAAGAUGGCAGAGUUAGUCCAGGUUAUCUUCUCUUGGCUGGAGCCAUAGCCGGUAUGCCAGCUGCAUCUUUGGUGACCCCUGCUGAUGUCAUCAAGACAAGACUUCAAGUUGCUGCCCGCGCAGGCCAGACCACUUACAGUGGCGUCAUAGACUGCUUUAGGAAAAUUCUUAAAGAGGAAGGUCACAGAGCUUUAUGGAAAGGGGCUGGAGCUCGUGUGUUUAGAUCCUCUCCACAGUUUGGUGUGACCCUGGUGACAUACGAACUCCUGCAGAGAUGGUUUUAUGUUGAUUUUGGUGGAGUGAAACCGAAAGGGUCAGAGCCAGUUCCUAAAUCUCGAAUCACGCUGCCGGCUCCAAAUCCUGAUCACGUAGGAGGAUACAGAUUAGCAGUCGCCACGUUUGCAGGAAUUGAAAGCAAAUUCGGACUCUAUCUCCCCAGAUUCAAGUCAUCACCACCUAACUCAACGACGGUCAUUGCUGCGAACCCUUAAGAAGAAGUCUACGGCCCAGUGGAAUUUAACUUAGUCAUUUAAUGGAUAUGUUACAACAUUUCAGUCUUCUAAUUCAGUCUUAGGUUACAUCUUUUAUUCUAGAAUGUGUUUGAGAUUUUAUGGCAUCCAUAUAUUUUAUAUGUGUCUAAUCAUUAUCCAGUCUAAUUCCUGCUUUAGCUUAGCACUGUCCGAGCUUCCUUUUGAGUCAGGGACCCAUGAAACUUAUUGAUUGCUAUUGUAAUUUAAUAAAACAAAGGAUAUGAGACUAUUGAAAGGUCAGUUUUAAUAACCUAGUGGAGACCACGCUUCCUAUUCGAAGAAUAAAAUUCUAUUUAUGCAUGUUUGGGUAAAACCUGCAUUAUUUAAUGUUACACACAGCUUGGUUUAAUACGCACACUGGGUGGCUUAAAUACGCAGCAGCUUUCGGCCUAUGGGUUUAAUAUACAAAAAUCUGCCCCUCUAUAGAAAAUAAUUUUAUGCUUCCUUUUUGCUAAAACAAUAUAUUUACAACUUCCUUCACUAUUUAUCAGCAGCCAUUGGGAUACUGUUUUCUGGACUUCUCAAUUACUGAAUCAUUAGUAGAAACCUUGAGUAGGAGGUGUUCAGAGAAGCCAUAUUGCUCAUUCCCUAUCUGCCGAGAAGCAGUAUUUCUAAUAUUAUAUAUCUUGUAUUUUGUUAAGAUGUAAAAAAUCUCUUCCAAUUAAGUUAGAUAUGCAAAUUUCCCAUAGAUUAACUGCAGUAACGAAGUGGUCCAGGAUGUUCCAUGUGGGUUCAGGUACCCAAGCAAAUAUCACCUGUUACACUGAAGCUAGUGGACAGGAACUUACCAGCAACUAUUGGUCUGGUGCCCUGUCUGGCUUGUAGGCAAUGCCUUUACAAGCUAGGUUGUCACACGAGCAAGUGGCUGCUUCCAUCUUGCAACUAGCAGCCAAUCAAAGAGCCAGAAAGAUGGUCUUCAGCUACAUCCCGUUGAAAUUACAAGCUAGGUUGUCUACUGAGCAACUGUCUGUUUGCAUCUUGCAAGUGGUUGAAAGAGUGGUAGUCAGCAAGAUGGUCUUCAGCUACAUCCCCUCGUCUGCUUCUAGAGGUCGCUUUAUAGAGAGCCCCUUUGCCUCAUAUUUACUCAUAGUCCUCACCAUGAUAGACAUUAGUAUUUUGCUUUAUCAUAAUAAAAACUGCAACUAUUGACAAGGAUGUCCUUUGUCAUCUCUAAAAUGAUGAAGCACAAAGACAGCCAUUUGUGUGACUAAAUGAACUGCAAUUACAUUUUUCUUUUUGACUGUUGAAUGUCUGGCAUAUACAAAUCUUACCAGCUUAUCUAUCAAACCAUCCAUGAUAGACCUUGAGUAAGGAAGCCCUCUCUUCUUCUACACUAAGGAGUAAUCAUGGAGCCUGUGUGUAACCUGUUGAAUUUCAUAUAAAUUUAAAACUCUUCUACGCACAAUAUUUCCAUCCUGAUUGCAAUGCAGAUUUUUAUGGAUGUACAUUAUAAACGACACAUUAUAACAAACCUUAUAACAUCUCAGUGACCAAAUUCCUUCCUUGAAAGCUUCAUACCAAAUUGCUUUAAGAUAUCCCAUGCCAACAGAUGCCAUACAAUGUGUUCUCCGAACAUCCUUCAGCCACUUCAAAACAGUGGCUGUUGAUUCCCAUUCCCAUACCAGCUAGACCAGCACUUUUUUAGAGAGUGUCCCUAGUUAUGGCUCAGCUCAGGAACUAUAGCCUUUAAUCCAAUGAGUGUGGCACAGGUCUGCACUAAAAUGCAAUUGGGGCACAACUGUGACCAACUUUCAAUAAAUUGCUUUUCAUUUUGAGGCUGUCAAACAAAAUAAUCAGUGUUUAAAUGAAGCACUUGUUUUAUUAGCUGUUUUGGAAAUGAAAUAGGAAUUCCAUGUACUGUAUUCAUAGCUGCCUUACUGAGUGUUUGGAAUCAAGACCGAUAUUUAUAUUUUUUGCUCACCGAUCAUGUAAAUCCCAUUAAAUUGACUUGUAGAAACAAA